AUGGCAUUACUACCCCUCGAGCAACGUCUCAACACCAAUUAUGCUCCAUCAGAUGAAGAGUUGCAGCAAAUUCCCCGGAUCCUCGUGGAACCCAAGGCGCGCCUUGCAAGAAUGAAUGACGAGAUUGAGCGAGCACAGGCAACUUUGGACGAAUUGAAACGUCAGCGCGACGAGCUAGUCCGGCUUAUCAAUCAGUAUCACGCGUUGACCUCACCUAUUCGGCGGAUCCCUCAAGAAAUCCUCCAGGAGAUAUUCAUCAAUUGCCUUCCCGCAGACCGCCCCGCCGUGAUGUCGGAACGUGAAGCCCCCUUGCUUAUUGGGCGCGUUUGUAGUAGCUGGAGGUCGAUUUCACGAUCAACCGCAGAGCUAUGGACAUCGGUUCGCGUUUCUAUACCGAGCACGACUUUUAUCGCUUCAGAAACUUCAAGCGUUCAUGGCGUGGUAGCCGAUUGGAUUGAUUAUGCAGCGGCAUCAAACCGUAUGGCAGAAUUGCGAACGGCUGCGUUGCAAGAGUGGUUACAGCGCUCUGGAUCACUUCCGGUCGACAUCUCCUUUAGCCAAUGGCAAGAUUGGACGCGUGUGCCGUUCUACUCGAAUGUUAUUCACGAACCCCAUCCUGUUGUUGACACAAUUCUUUCCGUUUCUCGACGUUGGAGAAAGCUUACUGUCGCAGCACCUAGUUCCAGUAUCCUGUGUCUCUCGCGCCCUCAUGAUCUUCCGCUACUAGAGACUCUAGACCUCAGAUUUCCAAACAUGGGAGAAUCAAUUCGCUUUGGGAUUCUGAAAUCAAAGUACAACAUUUUUCGGACACCCUCACUACGAAGACUGUCUUUGGCACAAAGCUCAGGCGAUUGCCUCGACUAUCCUGUCAACUGGGCGAACCUUACAGACCUCGCCAUAGAAGGACAUCUAUGGGAGAAACUGAGUUUGCGCCAGGCGUUUUUCCUGCUCUCGCAUUGCUCUCAACUCGUCCGUUGCAGUCUGGAGAUCUGGAUGUCGGAAAGGCCGCCUCUUCCAUAUUCCCCACUUACGCAUUGCAACCUCAAAUACCUCUCCAUCUUCGAGGGAGUUGAUGUCACUAGCAUAUUUGAUUGUCUCGAUCUUCCAGCCCUGCUUGAGGUUGAAUAUCAUACUUCCUUCACACCCAACCCUCACAAGAAGCCCUCCUUGCUUACACUUCUCAGGAAGUCGAACAGAUCAAUUCAGAAACUUACAACAGAUCCUAAACGGCUUGUCAUGGAAGAUCUCAUUGAAUGUCUACAUUUUAUCCCAGACGCAACCACACUCACUCUGAAGCCAUCCCGCAUUGAUAAGGACAAUGGGCAGCGGUUUGACCGGACAUUUCUGGAUAAGGAAUUUCUCAGUUUCUUCCUCCCACCUGCCAGCGAUACCCUUUGCCCCAAGUUGAAGUUCCUGGAGAUCAAUUGCCCUUUAAACUUUUCGAGUGGAGAUCUCUUAGGAUUUAUUCUCGAGAAACAGUCCAACGCUCUUUCUGAAACCUCAAAGUUGGAGCGCAUCAAGAUUGUUUUCCCCCAUUCUCUUAGGGAGGACAUUAUCCCACAUCUUACGGAGUUUGUUCAAGAGGGUUUGGAUAUUCAGUUAAUUUAUACUGAACCACCCGUGAUAGCAACGUUUCCGCCGUCGCGAGGUCUACACACCGCGAUUUGGUCAUAA